GUGCAUCCCGGAUGGGGGGGACGUUUGUUACACGAUGACGGAGCUGCAACCGUCACCGCCAGGUUAUCGCGGUCAAGAUGAGGCCCCGGGACCACCAGGCUCUUUCAAAUACACGAAUCACGGCCACGUGUCCGAGGUUGCCAAUUACAAGGGCACCACAACGUAUCCUCAAGAGGGCUACAACCUCAAGAGUACAUCUCGUUCGAUCCCUGCUAGCGAAUACUAUCGGCGAAGGAACGACAAUUCUAGAAGGUCCACGGAAAACGACAUCGAUAACGAGAAUCUCAAGAAGGCCUCGAAUACCGGUUACAACGAUGGCUACAAGAAGAAUACUCCAGGCUAUAAAAACGACAGCGGAUACAGUGAGAGCAUCGGAUUCGACAGCUUUAGUCUCCCGCUCAACGAGAGGGACGAAUCUUCACCACCGCCGACGCCACCGGUCAGAGAUGCCUCGAGUCUCAAGAGCGUCUGUUACGGUCCAGGACACGAGAAAUAUCCAUCCUGGCCAAGUGCUCCAGAACGACAUCCUGAAGAGGAAAUUCACACAUCGACAAACACUGGAUCCCAUCGCUCGAAAUCGUGGACAGAUCACACAAAUUAUCCCAAGGAAAAACCAGCACAAUACACAAGACCCCAUAACAAAAGGCCCAAUCCCACAUUCACGCAACAGCUGAAGACUGUGAUGGAGCGUUGCGAGAAGAUACCGGCCGAAACUUUUGAGUCUAGAAAUCGAAGUAACUCGGAGGAUGAGCCAAGAUUGUGGCCUCGUGUUGAUCGUGAAGGUAAACCCUUGGGCGAUUCUGAAUACGUCGUACCGUCGCCGCCCGAAAGAGAGCAAGCAACAUCGCAGACUCUCAGUCACGCUGAUUUAGAAGCCUACGUCAGAAGCUAUCAAGAUCCGCAAACGCCUCAGGUGGAUAUUUACCGUGAAACAACCUUGACGCAAGCGGGUUUAGAGGAAUACACGCGAGUACAACACUCUCAACAAGCAAGUUACGCACAAUCCGAAGGUUACCACAGUUACGUUUCGAGUGUUGAUUCCACAACUAAUACGCCAUUUCUCGAUCGAUUGCGAAGAGAUAGCGAGGCGGUGGCUCAGCGUCCGACUCCCAAUUGGGAAGAGGGCUCGAGGGAAGGAAGAGACAGUGUAGUGACAACAUCGAGUGGCAGUGCUUCAAGCAGCGAGACCCUCAAGUGGCACGGAUCCAUGUCGGACGUUAGCGUUUCGAGUGGAAUGCCACCGCGACAAGUCAACUCCGACAGGUGGCAUCAUGGCUCAAUGUCGGACGUCAGCAGCGUCAAUGGUGGCUUACCCAGUCAACAACCGAAUCACCAUGACAAAUGGCAGGGGUCAAUGAGCGACGUCAGCACUGUUGACCUGACACCAACGAAAAUGAGGCACAGCGAAAAGUGGAUGAACGAUCGCAAUAAACAAACGGGAAGAACCAGCCUGCCCUCCGUCAUUGGUCAUUGCCUAUCAAGUCUCGACGUUUGCCAACAAACAAAUUCAAAUCACGAUAGCAAGUGGCUGGAAUCAAGUAUCGAUGGCGACAGAUCGAAAAGUUUACAAUGGGACCAAAUGGAAAAGUUUCAAAGUUAUCAAGCCCGACAGCAGACGUCGUCGCAAAAUCAGGAUUGGAAUCCUCUUCACGGCUCCAUGUCGGACGUGAGUCUCGUCAAUGGAGUUCAGGGCAGUAAGCAACUGAUCGCCCACAGUGCUCGUGUUCAAACUCCACAGAGACAUCAUUCCGAGAGCGUCCUCUAUCUCGAUCGCGAACGAAGUCAAAGGAAACUUUACCCUGUCAACACCACUCAACCCACCGAUCUGUCUCCCACUUCAAGAAAUGCGCAGUUGUCAGUGGCUGAACGAAUUAGCGAAUUGGAGAAGCAACAACAGAUGCGAUACACCUACCUAGAUCCGGAGAAACGCCACCGAGUUAGUGAUCCAACACUAAAGGCGAUUCAGAAAAAGGCACUCUUGUCCUUCUACGAGAGGCAUCACCAAACUUCCUCGUCCACAUCCUCUUGGCGAUCGGAACCACAAUUAACUCAAGGCUCCCAAGCGCCGCCACCUCAACCACCGCCGAGACCAAGACCACCUUCCUCUAGACGCGCGAGUUCCGCCUCCGACUACGCCACCGGCAAUUGGCGGGAGAAAAUCACCAAAUCCCUAAAUUCCGAACUCCCGAGUCCGAAGCAUCAACACAGCAACAGUUGCGGCAGUCUCUCGACCGAUCUCCUAGGCCCCGUGAUCGUCGGUCCUGCAAUUUCGAUCGACGACUGGGUGCCCGAACGGCCGCCCAAGAAACCCCACUUAAGAAACUACAACGAUCGUCUACCGAGUCCGGAUCUACCGCCUCCUUCCCCGCCAACAAUCACCGAAAACGAAGUCAUCUGCGACGAUCCACUUCCACCACCACCGUCCGAGUUGAGCGACGAUUCCGAUUCAAAUCGCAGUGAACAAAAAACAUCCUCACCAAGAAAGUUGAAAUCCAAAUCCGACAGAAACAAACAAGACAUCACCUUAAUCGAAAACGGAAUCAGAAGCACCCACCGAUCAAGUCUCCGAUACUCCCAAAAAAUCGUCUCUAUGAAACAAACCCGAAAACUCGAGUCGAGACCACCUGCGCAGCUUCCCGAUUUAAUAACCCAACGGUACGAGAAAUCGGUACAAGGAGUACGUCCAAAUUAUCUACCGAUUGAUACCAGUAAAAGUAAGAAUCACGAGAAUGGUUCGCAUAAUUUCUCGAUUGGCAGUCCUGUGAAAACUGGAUAUGAGGCGAAUUCGAAGCACUUCUUGGAGGGAAGUAGUCCUCAAAAGUAUCACGAACCACCAAAGUACGUGCCUAAUCAUCAUUCACGUCAUGGUGAAACGACGCAAAGGAAUUAUUAUGCCUUGCCACCAAAGUACGUGGAUCCUUCGAAACCAAAAGCGACGCAGUGCCCCUCGGAGAGAUACAACGGCAACAAUUUGGGAUCGUCGAAUUCACCGCCACCACCAUUGGCACCAAGGCAAAAUACUCCGGGAAGGAAAUCGUUGCCGCCGCCACCGAGACCUGCGCCUCCACACGCUGUUCAUGGAAGCCAAUCAAAGGCAUCUUACCUGGCGUAUCGUCGGGAGAGAGGUGUUCCUGACAACGAGGGCAGCUACAAAAGAACAAUGUCGCCAACGGCACGAUUAGACGAUUGGCCCCGCGAUCGUGACGAUCCGGUUCUCUUGCGAGUGACUCCACAUCAUCCUCAUUCUCUCCAUCAACAUCAUAAUCACCACCAACAACAGCAGCAACAACAACAUCACGAUCUCUCAAAAUCACAUAGUGUCGACGCCCUUCACCAACGAAUAGACAACGACCGUCAAAAUAAUCAUUCAACCGAAUUGAUUUCAAAAGAUCUCACAAAAAAGCUACAAACCAACGAAACCCGAUUGACGAGAACCGAGAACAAUAACAUCGACAAUAUCGACGAUCUACGUCUCGGCUAUCACACCGAAAAAAAGGAACGACUCUCACCCCAAAGUAUCGAGGUCCUCAACGAUCGUAAUCGCCAAUUGGAACGUGAACGACGAAAACUUGCCGCCAAUUGUGAAACAACAGCAACGACGACAACAACAACAACAACAGCAGUCGAUUUUUAUCGCGAAAGAAGUGCAACAAUCGAAAUGACUUCACAGAAUGUCGAACUUCUCAACCGCAGGAAUGCGGGCAUUGAAAGAAGAUCAAUGUCCACCCACACCAACAGUGAGAACAAUUGGUCGAGAAAUUGUCAGAUCAAUGACAUUGAUACCAGGCCCUGUGAGAAACCACCGCCACCAUCCAGUUCACCGCCAAGGUCACCGAACUCAACAUCACUGCGAGGCGCCGUUCCAAGAAGAACUGGAAGUUGCUCGAGUUCCGGUUCAUCGUCGCGAUCCUCGGACCUGAGAAUAUCGCCCAGUACACUGCCAUCGAGAUUUUCACCAAAAACACAAUCGCCCCUCGAUUCACCGAGCGAAACACUAUCGCUGGGUAGAAAAGUCUCGAGUCCAACGCAGACCGAUAAUAAUUGGGACAAGACAACAAAUUCGCCGAUUAGUUCCUCGCGUAUUCGGCGAACGGAAUAUCUCGCUAGACGAUCGUCGAGUUCGAGAUCGUUGAGAAUUCACAAUGGUUCAACGGUGUCGUCGUCGUCGAGCACAUCGUUGUCGUCGUCGUCGACGAGAAAUUCUCCGACUCAGGACUCGCCGUGUGUUUCGCCGCAACCCGGAAUUGAGGGUUUGACCUUGGUUCAAAGAACGGAAAUUGUUUUACGUGUGAAUGCAACGACCAUUGAUGCUGCAUCGCAAACGGAAAUUAUUGAUGAUCUCGAGGAACGCUUUAAAAUGAAGGAAAUUCUUCCUGAGCCAAGGAAAAAGCUACCCGAGGAAAUUGAGUGCGAGGAACUUAGCAGGGAACUCGCUAGUCAACUCAGUCCGAAUGAUAAACUUGUGCCAAUUCUUGUUCCCGUAACUGAGCUCAAGAAAUCAACAGACUACGUUUCCGGUCUCUUUAGGGUGGAAGCGACAUUACAACCUCGAUCGAGACGAAGGCUUUCCUUAGAAGAAUCAACUUCCGAUGUUGAUAAAGAAACUGGAGACGUGAGCAAAAUUGUAUCAGAGCCCGCGACUCCAGUUGCAACGUCAAUCGCCUAUCCCGAAAGUCCUCUUUCGCCUACUGCAUCUUACUUUACGACCUCGGAAGGAAAGGGAACAUUCUUGACGAGGUAUUCACAAGAAGUUGUUGAGGAAACUUUACCUACCAAGGAUGAAACGACGACUGUUAUCAUGAAUAGUGUCGACCUCAGGCAAAAGAAGGAGGAGUUGAUGAUCAGACUGGAUAAGAAACUGGUGGUGCUGAGAGCUGAAGAGGAGGCUGUCAGGGAAGAGGGCGAAUUGAACGAGGCAUUGGGUGCCCGUGUCGCUAAGCAAGUUGCGUCCGUGGCGCGUCCUGCGGAAUUAUCAAAGUAUCGACUUCACGUCGAGGAAGUCGGGAAAAUUACCAGUCUUCUCCUUGGACUCAGUGGCCGCCUCGCUCGAGCUGAGAACACUCUUCAUGGAAUGCCAGCCGACCAUGCCGAGAGAAAAAUCCUCGAGAGCAAACGAGACAAGCUGAUAGAUCAGUUGGAGGAAGCAAAGAUUCUAAAAGGCAACAUCGAUAAGCGUAGUGUAAGCGUCUCGGCAAUUCUGUCAAAGUACUUGAACAACGAGGAGUUUACCGACUACCAGCACUUUAUCAACAUGAAGGCAAAGCUGAUAAUGGACGGCAGAGAGAUUCAGGACAAGGUGAAACUAGGAGAGGAGCAACUUGUUGCCUUGAAGGAAACGAUCGACUAAACAUUGAUUGACGAUUUCAAGUUCGAAAUUCAUCAUUAAAGAAGAGAAUAAACAGUGAGCUGGGAAAAGCCAAAGGCAUACCAAUGGGUCAAGCAUUUAAAAAGGGCAUAAAAGAGACUUGUUUUUUUUAAUAGAAAAAUUUUUCCAGUGGUUUUUUUUCCACCACAAAAGUGAUCAAGAAUAACAACGAAAAGUGCCUCAUUCCAAAAAAAAGAGAGAAAAAAGAUUUUCUACCAAGACUUCUAAAAUGGAGAUUUUUUUUACGAGUUUGAUUAAAUUGAUGUGAGAGUAGUCAGAUGGCUUUUUAUACAUUAGUGUCGUUUUAUAAAGACGCAAAUUUAUAACGUUCUCCGCUCGCAAGGUCACGAGGGUUUACGAUCUCAACUGCGAUUGUCAUACGUUAACCCAAAAACCUUGAAUGCCUAGUCUUUUUUUUACGAGUUUCGUCAUUCAACCACAUCGCAAAUUCUAUUCAAAAAGAAAAUUCCGAUUUUUAUAAAAAAAAACCGUUACUAAUUUAGAGUAUAAUUUGUUACUCUAAAGUAAAGUUUGUUAAGAAAUUAGAUUGAAAAGAGUUAAUGCGAUGUUUAACGAUUCAGUUGAUUUUGACGAAUAACUACAUUUGUAAAUUAGGCUUUUUUUUAAUUGUAAAAUUUAUAGAAUUGAUGUGUAAAUAAUUAUGAAAGUGAUUUGAAAAAGUUGGCAGCUUGCGCGCCUACGUUUUGUUUUUUUAUUUGGAAGAAUUUAUCAAGACUUACAAUUAGUAUAAUUGUAUUAUUUAUUGAAUGUAAUAUCAGGCAUGAGUGAAAUUUUUUUCGCAAAGGAAGAAAUCAAAAUUUUAAUAUAUAUAUUAUGAAAAAAUAUAUAUGUACGUAAUAUAGAAAAAAAAAUAUAUAUAUGAGAGUAAUGUAUCAUUUCGAAAGCGUGUAAAAUAGUAAAAAAAAAUUUUUGUGUACUCUGUGCAAUCGUGUGAAAAAUAAUUUCAAGUGUUACUUUAUAAUCUGUCUUUAACUGUCAGUCAUUUUUCCAUUUCUAGAAAAUUCGAUUCAUUUUUUGUAUAGUUAAUUUUUCUGCCAACAAAAAAAUAUGUGAAUUGCUAACAAACUUAUAUUUACACGUGAAAAAAUAACGAAACUCUUACUUGUACUCUUACCUGAAGAUCUCUCGCGAGAUCUUCUUGAUGCUUGUGAUUUUUAUUUACUGUACGAUAAGAAAAUGUAAAAAAAACCAAGGACGCUUUACUAUACUCGAUGUCAAGCCUCUAUGGUUUUUUUAGUUAAAAAAUUGUAUGCCUCAGUUCUGAAAAAUUUUCUCCUCAAAUUUUCUGUUUCUAAAAAAUUUCUACUUACUCACCUCUUCGUGCGCCAAUGACAAUUAUAAUCUUUAGCGUCGAAGAUGGAAUUCUUCAAGAUCCUCCGAAUUUUUGAGCUCAGUAAUGAGACAUUUACUGUAGUUUCAAAAUUUUCGAGAUGGAGCUACUAAUAUUAGAAAAUCAUAGAAAAUUUAAUUAAUUUCUAUGUUAAAAGAACAUUAAUAAAUUUUUUUUUUAAAUUCAAAGAAAACUGUAGAUGAAAUUGCUAUUAAAUUCAUUUGACUUGUCAAUUGGCUUGUGAAUUUUUUUAAUCGUAUUUGUUAGUAGGAAUAGUCGAGUCAAAUAGAUUAAUAAGCAAUAAAAUAGAUAUAAAGACUGAACUCAAGGCAUACAAUUUUACAAAAUAAUAAUAGUCAGUUUUGUUCCUCAAUUUUUUUUUCAAUGCAAUGCGAAAUUGCAAAUUUAACAAUAGCUGUAUGGUGAUUUUUCUUUUCGUUUAUAUGUACGAAAAUUCGAAAAAAAGCAAAAUGUAAUUUUUAAUGUGAAUAUAUAAAUUUUUUUUCUCUAAUUAAUCACACUACAGCUGGAAUAAUUGUAAAUAAUAAUGAAUUAUACGAAAUACUUAUGGUGCUCCGGAUUGAAUUUUUUUUUACGAAACAUUGAGAAAAAGAACUAGAAUCGUUUCAUUUAAAUUACAAUAGGUCUUUUAAAUUUAAGUACUACAUUUGAUAUUUAACGUUCUCGCUGUUUUUUUGUACAUAAAUAUCACUUAUAAUUCUCAUGUGAAAUGCAUAACAUUACACAAAUCCAAGUCACAUUCAAUUGUUUUGUGACAAUUAGAUUGUUUUAGUCUGACAAUAUUAUCAUAUUAGGAUUACUAUCAAUCAUUAAGAUAGCCACAUUCUGAAAAUCGCUUACAAUAAAUUACAUAAUGAAAAAUUUAA